UUUCCCCGCGCCCUAUGCCCCCGCCACUUUUUCUAGCUUCCUGAUUUGCCAAUUAGUGCAUCGCGUGACACGCGCAACGUCACACGAUUAUUAGAACAGGAGUUACGGUCAUUUCGUCGUCCGCUCGACGAAAGUUUAGUAACAAAGUUAGUUUUGAAAGAUGGAUUUGAGAAGACAAGAGGAUCAGAUACGUCGGUGGCUUGAGGAAGACAUUGAUGCAGACAACGAGAAUGGGUCCGACAAUUCAGCCUCGGAAACCGAAGAUAAUGUGGAGGAGGAAGUUCACAGAAAUACCAGCAGUGAAUCGGAAUUUUCCAGCGAGUCCGACGACGAACCUAUUCGCCCAAGUAAGAGAAGGAGAACUCAGGUUAUUGACUCCGAGGAAUCAGGUGAGGAUACAGAGGUUCAGACAUCUCAGAAAAUUCACUCAAAUGUUCUCCAGCCACGUUCCCAAUUCCUAUACGGGAAAAAUAACCAUAAAUGGUCGUCUACACCAAGGUUAGCUUCUGUACGAACUUCGCAGAGAAACAUAGUUCACUUUAUACCAGGGCCUAAACAAGAAGCUAGGGAACUUUCUGAACCAAUAGAUCUAUUUUCACUGUUUUUAACGGAAGACAUGCUGCGAGAUAUUGUGACAUUUACAAAUGCAGAAAUAAAUAUAAAAAAAAAUAAUUAUAAAAAGGAGUUGUAUACCGUGUCGCCCACAUGUUUUGAAGAAAUAAGAGCUUUGCUUGGUUUACUAUUUAUCUCAGCAGCUGUGAAAAGUAACCACUUACCAACACGCACGCUUUUCAAUACUCAACGAUCAGGGACUAUUUUCAAAGGUUGUAUGAGUGCAGAGCGAUUCAAUUUUCUUAUCAAAUGCCUUAGAUUUGAUGAUAAGGAAACAAGAGCUAUUAGACAACGAGAUGACAAGUUUGCGCCUAUACGGGAACUGUGGCAAGCAUUGAUUGUCAACUUUCAGAGGUGGUACACUCCAGGGUCGUAUAUAACUGUAGACGAACAACUCGUUGGAUUUCGAGGAAGAUGCCCAUUCAGAAUGUAUAUACCGAAUAAGCCAAAUAAAUAUGGAAUCAAACUUGUGAUGGCUGCAGAUGUGAACAGUAAAUACGUAGUCAAUGUCAUUCCAUACUUGGGAAAAGGAACUGAUACUCAAAGGCAACCAUUGGCUACGUUUUUCAUAAAAGAAAUAACGUCAACUUUACACGGCACAAAUCGCAACAUUACAAUGGAUAACUGGUUCACAUCUGUUCCUUUGGCUCAGGAGCUCUUGAAAACACCUUAUAAUCUGACAUUGGUGGGCACAUUACGAAGUAAUAAACGAGAAAUCCCUGAAAAACUUAAGAAUACUAAGUCUCGCGCAAUUGGUACUUCAAUGUUUUGUUACGACGGUGAUAAGACGUUAGUUUCGUACAAAGCUAAAUCAAAUAAGGUUGUUUUUGUUUUAUCUACUAUUCACGAUCAACCUAUUAUUAACGAAGAUACAGGAAAACCAGAAAUAAUUCACUUUUACAAUAGUACAAAGGGUGCGGUUGACACUGUGGAUCAAAUGUGUUCCAACAUAUGCGCGAACAGAAAAACUAAGAGAUGGCCUAUGUGCGUGUUUUAUAACAUGCUGAAUCUGUCUGCAAUAAAUGCUUACGCUAUAUAUGUUUCUAAUAGCGUUAGAAAUAAGAAAAAGCCUAUUUGCCGGCGCGACUAUGUUAUGAAAUUAGGAGACCAACUCAUAGAGCCCUGGCUGCGGCAACGUUUGCAUACAGUGACUUUGAGGCGUGACAUCAAGGUCAUGAUUCAAGAUAUCCUGGGGGAAUCUCCUAAUAUCGCAGCUCCUGUUCCUACUGUGUCGAAUGAGCGUAAAAUAUGCUACCUAUGUCCCUCCAAGGCUCGAAGGAUGACAAAACAUCGUUGCCUAAAAUGCAAACAAGCUAUUUGCGGACCACAUAACUUAGAUGUAUGCAGUCGCUGUUUUGAAUGAUUUUUUUUAUUAAUAAUUUGCUCUUUUUUGUUCGUUAAGAACAUACAUUUCUUGUGAUUUACUAGAUUUCUUUUUUUAAUAAAUAUUUUUGAAAAUAUCGCUCAUUUUUAUUGCGUCGUCCGCUCGACGAAUAUUUAGUAAUUAAGUAACACUGAAUAUAGUUUAGUUAUCUAG